AUGUGGCCCGCGGCGUUCCCCUGUGACAUCGGGUUCAGUGACAGCAACCAGAAGGACCUCUCCUUGGAAGAUGCUCCCGACGGCACGGCGUUGCUUCGGCCACCCCACGCCGCCGCAGCUCCUGGCGCUGCCCCGCUCGAGAUCUCCGCGCACGGCCCCUCUCGGGGGCCCACCCUGGCUGGGUUCCAGGAGCUGCGCUCGGCCGCGGUGACGAGAACCUGCAACGGCGCGUCUCCUCCCGGGGACGCCUCCGCGGCCUCCGCUCCGCUCCGCUCCGCUCCGCUGCGCUGCGCUGCGGCGGGCACGCAGGCCGCCGCGAUCCCCGCGGCCGCCGCCGGCGAGUCGCCAGCGCAGAACGCGUCCGCGGCAGCGGUCACCUCGGCGUCCGCGGCAGCGGUCAACUCGACCGCGCUGGCGUCGACGACCUCCGCCGCCGUGCACCUCGCGCCGUCGACGACCUCCACCGCCCUCACUACGAGCACCAGCACCAGCACCAGCACCUCCGUCUCGACGCGGGAGCAGGGGACGCUGUUUUGCUGGGCGCUCAUGCUGCCGUCUGGCUACGAGCGCGGCCUCAUGGAGGCCCUGGCGGCCAAGGACGUCAGCAUCUUCGCGUGCGACAACUACGCCGUCUAUAGCGACGGCAAGUUUGAGCUGCGAGGUGGCGACAAGUCCAAGCGCAUAGAAACGGAGGACGUCGGGGACCUGACGGUGGAGUACGGCGGGCCGUACAACAACGCCCUCAACAGCCCGGCCCCUUCCCUGAGCACGCACUCGUACCAGACGUGUAGGCAAACGGGGCGUUUCACGUUGGAGAGGGAUAGUUGCAGGACCAGCUGGAGCCGAGGCGGAAGCGUCAUAGCGCCCAGUGUCGCGGUCAGGCGCGCGAGCAAGCUGCACUGCUUUGCGAUGUUCUCUGAGGAAACGACCGGCGUGAUCGGCAUGAUCGACCUGCUCAUCAAGGAUCUGGACAAGGAGAUGACCGAAGCAGAGGCCCAGGAGGAGAACGACCAAAAGGAGUACGAAGAAAUGAUGAAGGACAGCGCGGACAAGCGUGCCGCAGCCAGCAAGCACAUCACCGCGAAGAGGAGCGCCAAGGCGUCCAUGGAGGCCGACCUCCAGAUGGCGAAGGAGCAGCACGUCUCGACCGGCAAGGAGCUGAUGGCCACCGCGAAGUUCAUCUCCUCUCUGCACGCCGAGUGCGAUUGGCUGAUGAAGUAUUCGGACGUGAGAAAGGAGGCCCGCGCGAGCGAGCUGGACGCGCUGAAGAACGCCAAGGCGGUGCUCAGCGGCGCCGACUUCUCGCUGGUGCAGACGGCGAAGUCGGGGCUCCGCGGGCGGUAGCCGCGCGGGCCGCGGCCGCGGCCUCCGCGGACGUUAAUCAGCUGCCCCCUCGCCGUGCAGCGCGCGUUCGCC